CAGUGUUGAAGUGACGACAAUAAGUUCGAAGCAAAUCACGAUAGGAACUGUGAAAUUACUAGCAACUAUGGAAGUCCAACGCUUGUGAUCAAUAUUUAUUAUUAUUAUUUAAGUUUAGUUUACUUUUCGUUUGCAAUUAAUUCGUGACGAUCUUGUGUGAAUCACGGUUGAGACAGUCGAGAAGUGUUCCGAUCUCAGGCCCCCGACAGCAACGGUAUAUUGAUAGAUUUACAAAUAUAUACAUUGGUUGGCGUCCAGCAAAGCAUCUAAACAGUACAAACAAAUUUAAAUACGAAAUUCAGAAGAAUAUAACAUACACAAUGGAUAAAGCAGUCAAUUUUAUAAUCGUAUCAUCUCUCGCUCUGAUCAUAACUUUUGUUUGCGGAAACAACGACGACAAUCCGUUCAAGGACAUUGCAAACUAUCACCAGUGGAAACCUCUCGCAAAAUGGCGCCAACAGUUUUAUCCACCAUCCGAAGCACACCAGCGUAGCGCUACCGAUGAUCGUGCAGAGUACGACGAUGAUGAUGCUUCCGAAACGCCACAGGAUUUGCAGACCAUAGAUUUCAAAUCGAAACGAUCCCGUCUCCGGCAACCGCUUUGCGAGGUUCUAGUCAAUAUCGUUUACGUUGGUAACGGUACCGAUGGUUACCAGUAUCGCCCAGACCACUACGUCACCGAGUCUUGUCUCAGUACAUUCAACACAUUCCAAAAUAAGUGCAUAGAAACCGGUCUGUCCUGCACCCAGAUUAGGCAGAAAAUUUUCAUCACUAGGCGAAAAGUGGCUAGUGAGGAUGCCAAGGCAACCAACUGCUGGGAGCACGUUCGGAUGGAGGAGAUCGAUGCUGGUUGCGAAUGCAUGUGGCCAAGGGAACACAUCGGCGAUAAGCAUUCCUAUCGACCUGGAAAAUAACGACCAUGAGGGUUUGUACCCAAACAAAACCACGUCUACUAAAUCACAGAAGUGAUACGAGGAGGCAGCAACUGAAAACAUCUCAACCUCAGACAGGUGCAAUCCGGUGAAAAUUAAAUUUAAAUUCCUCCGCGGUAGGAUCGCACAUAUGAUUAAUGUAUAAAAUGAGCCCUUUUAUGUAUUUAUCGUUGGCGAGCCUGAUGCUUAUGACAAAUUGUAUAGUUAUAAAAAACGGCUAAAGACUUUUAAUGCACUUUAAAAUAGAUAAAUAUUUAGUAGUCAACACAUGAGCAGUAUUAUUAAAGUAAUUUAUAUAUAUUUAUUUUAAUCAAAUCAAAUAAAAUUGUAAGCAAAAGAAACGUCCGGACGAUCUGGUAAUAUGUUUGUGUUUUUUUAAUCUCGCCGAAAAACGUUGACAACCAUCAUCAAACAAGCAAAAGAUAAAUAGAUAUAAAUAUGCAGUGUGGUAUCGUAUGUUAUCCUUUUCGACGAUUGGAUUACUUGGUGAUCUAUUCAUAUAGGGGAAGAUGGGGUAAAACGCACCCCGGGGCAAAAUGUCCCCUUUGUUUAUAUCGAAAACUGCUGAAAAUUUUUAGAAAAGGGUAACAACAGUCGGAAGUCCGUCAUAGUUAAGUUACACUGUCAAAGUUUGAUAACCGUACAUCAAUAACAACUCGAGAAAUAAACAAAAAACAAUAACGUGCUCUUCUCAUAUAAUUAUUGUGGCUCGUGCAACAAGGAUUUUCGGCUUUUAUAAAUGCUGUUUUACUAUUAUAUAAGUGCAUUCCAGUUCUAUUUAUACCGUUGCUCAUUAUCCUG